AUGGCCGAGGGCGUGGCGGCCUCCGCAUCGGGCGGCGCGGGCGGCCGGGGCCUGCACGGAGGCGUCAUCCAGUGGUUGGUCGACAACUUCUGCGUCUGCGAAGGGUACGGCGUGCCUCUCUUCCUCAUGCGUGAGAUUUAUGUGGAGACCUGCGGGCAAAGUGCUCAGAACCAAGUCAACCCAGCCACGUUUGGGAAGCUCGUGCAUUUGGUUUUCCCUGAUCUUGGCACCUGGAGGCCGGGCACAAGAGGGAGUGCCAGGUAUCAUUACGACGGGAUCUGUAUCAAGAAAAGUUCUUUCUUCGGUGCCCGGUACUGCUGCCUUCUGGGUGAAAAAAGAUGUCACAGCGUGACUGUAAACCUUGGAAAUAAUGCAAGAAGCAACCAGAGGAGAACUCUGAAAGGUGGUAAGAAGAAAGUGAGCAGACCAGGAACGCCAGGGCUACACACAGCACAGAGGCGGGGAGAUACCGGGAAUCUCAUGAGCCCAGGGGGCUGCCCGGCAGCCCUGCGCCCACAGAACCCAGGGCUGCGGGUCCACAGCUGGCUAGCUGUGCUGACAAAGCAGAAAGGCUCGGGGUUCAUCUUUCAGACUCGCCACCCCAGGAGGCCCUGCUACCUGCAGGAGCUGAACCCUCCCGGGGCCAGGGCCCUAUCGAGCCCCGUGCAGCCCCCCUCUCAGGAAGGUAUUCCCCAGGAGGCUGGAGAAGCUUAUAGCCUGGCACUGAAAGGAACGAUCUCCUUAAAUGCAACGACGGACAAGCUGUACAAGGUAGGAGGAAGUUCCUUCGAGGUGCUGGCUUGUAUCCUGCCCAGAAAUUGGUACCAGAUGCUGGGGUUAGACCCGCAGUCCUCACUCUCGGCGGUGUCCGUGGACCUCAGACCUUCUGAGGAGUCGGUCGUGGGGCGCAUGGACCGUUUGAGCAGUUUAAUUUCUUUGCUGGGGACGUCAACAGACCUCAGCGUGCUCCUGGAUUGUCUGUCUUCAAAUCUCCAAACAUUUGUCUUCCAGCCGAGCAGAAGCAAAGCGGAGUUUAUCAGAUGGGCCGCCAGCUUCCAGCUGAGAUGGAAUUUCCUGCUCACGGCCGUGAGCAAAGCUAUGACCCUCUGGCACAGAGACAGCUUCGGCUCCUGGCAUCUGUUUCGUUUGCUGCUUUUGGAAUAUGUGAUUCACAUACUUCAGUCGUGCAUAGAGGAGGAGGACGAGGAGGACGGUGACCUGGGAAAUCUCAAGGAGAUGCUACCAGAUGACCAGCCUCUUGUCCCACCAGACCAGGAACUCCCCUGCCCUCCAGACCCCUCCCCAGCUCAGGAGCGUAGAAGCCCGAGUGCAGAUCCCCCCCUGGUGGCGCUGAGACACGAGGGUCAGAGCCACGGAGCCACGGAGGGGGGCGGUGUGGUCGCCAGGGUCCCGGGCUUCCUGGUGGACAUCGCCACGGGCAACGGGGCACACAUGCCGGAGCCCCAACUUCCGUAG